AUGUUUAGAUUGGAGUUAAAGAAAUCUGUCACAGUGCCAGGUGUUAGUGGAUGUUUUCACAUUUCCCAAGUGUCUACAGACCGGUUCUGGAUCAGUGAUAAUGAAGGCAAUUUAAUCUUAACUAAAACGAGAGGUGGCAUACUAGGUAGUGUGACGGAUUUACCUGAAUUUGGUUAUGGAGUACAUACUGUGACUCGGGAUAGUAAAGUGAUUUAUAUAGACAGUGACAGUUACAUCAUUAAACUGUCUACAGAUAAAGUAAAGACCACAGUUAUACCGGACACAUCACCAUGGAGACCAUACAGUGUCUACAGCUCCCCAUCCACUGGAGACCUGCUGGUCGGGAUGUUUAGACGUGAUACAGAUACAGGCCAGGUAAACCGUUACACUAACACAGGACGACACAUACAGACCAUACAGCACGACAACACAGGUCAGAGACUGUAUAGUACACCUCUCUACAUCACAGAGAACCGCAAUGGAGAUGUUAUUGUGUCUGACUCUGGCCGUGGUGUAGUGGUGACAGACAGAAGAGGGAGACAUCGCUUCUCCUACACAGGUCCUACAUCUGAAUCAGAACUAUAUCCAUGUGGAAUCUGUACUGACGCGCUGUCACACAUCCUGGUGUGUGAUGCUUACACCUACACAGUGCAGAUCAUUGAUAAAGACGGUAACUAUCUAACAGAGAUAGAAACAGUACAUCACGGGAUCAUGGGGAUAUACAGACCAUGGAGCCUGAGUUAUGAUGACAACACCCGCUCUGUCUGGGUAGGAUCAUACAACAACAACACAGUGGACAUCUACAGACUUAUCUAUGGAGGGGAUAAUCUGACUGAUCCAAGCAGUGAUGAUAUAAAUAAAGUGGAUGAAUUGAAGAAGUUUCUGAGAAAGGAGAAGACAACUGUUUCCCAUGCCAGAGGAAUACUUGUUGGAUGUGCUGAGGCUGGAAAAACGACGCUACUAAAGAGAUUAAGAGGGCAAAGUCAAAAUGUCAGCAAAGCUACAAUGUCGUCCAGGGGACUAACAACACUGCUGAAGAGAUUAAGAUGGAAACGCCAAGAUGUCGGUGAAGUUACAGAGUCCACCAGGGGACUGGAAGUCCAUCAACAUGUCUUCAUUGUUGGAGAUGGAGUUUUAGAAG